AUGGUUCCUCCCACCACCACACGGCCCGACGGGCAGCUCAAUAUAAACCUAUCUGGGUUGACUCCCAUCAGCGAGCCUUCUUCGGUGCCCACCAGCAAAUCUCCUUUUGGCGGUGCAAAAUCCUCGUCGGGACUGGCGGGGAUUUCCAAUGCAAGAGUAGGAGCUGGCUCUCCUCUUCACGAACAAGCUUCUCGGCUAUUUCCAAAACGUACACGAGAACUGCAGUCUCAGACUUCGUUGACCCCUAAUAUCUGGGGUCCUCCGACCAGUGGCACCUCAACCCCGCUGUUCGAGAUUCCGGAAUCCCCCAACCAAGACGGGUUCCCAGAUUUGGUGCCUCUGACCGAGACUGGGAUAAAUAGUCCCGCAAGACGAGGGCGUGCCGGCACCCUACCCUCCAGAAUAUCCCCCGUCGGUACGAUCAACGGCGUAAAUGUCCUUACAUCCAAGACCUCGCGGCCAACUCCUUCCACGAGUCCAUUUCGACCCGGUUCAACGUCCGCUGCCGAAACCGCAUUCUACUCAACGGCCUCUAACCAAGCCAACUCGGGAACUUCAGCCCUUCUAUCCAGGCUUCGUGCGGGAAGCAUGCCUCAGCGCUCGAGCCUGCUCGGUCCUUCCGGUCCGUUUGGUCAGAACGCCUUUACUUCUAGCUGGGGAACGAGGACCCGGGCCGCGACUCUGACCAGUAUCAGUUCUGCUGAGGAUCCCACCUCUCCCCAACCCUCUGGUUACUCCAAGGAUGGUAUGUCUGACUCCGGGGUCCGAACACUUGACUAUCUUGGCCUUGCCGAACCUCCCCAGCACGCGAAACCCGAUAGUCUUCGCCAAGUUGCAGACGAUCCCGGGCGUUCACAGGAUCCCAGCCUGUCUGACGUCUUAGCCGGUUUUGGGAUGCGUAACUCCAGUCGGUUUAGGUCUUUCUCGGUCAACACACAGUCCAAGUAUGCGACUGAAGCUCAAGACGGAAGCAGUAACUUUCCGCCAUUUACCAGCGGAUCGCUGACACCAUCGGCGGCAGCAGCCCUCGAAGCCGAGUACGAGAUGGUCCAAGAGAAGGUUCGGCUGCACAAUCAAGCAGUGCAAGCAUUUGCGGUGAAUGCCAGUGCUGCACGCCCACGAGCUCGAACUGCCGGACUUGUCGAGACACCUCAGCGUACGUCACUUCGCAAUCUAUCACAACAGCCAGCGGACAGCCUUGGUAUCGCGUUUGAGAUGCAAGGGCCAAAUGGAAUGGACCAGUCCACUCUUGCAGACACUCUACAGAGUUUGUCCAUCGCCGAAAAUGUGACCUUAUCAUAUGAAGGCAUGGACGAAUCGGAAGUGCAGGUUUCUCGAUCCCUGUGGAUAGGCUCGAUCCCGAAUUCCACAACAAUGUCUUCCCUGGAUGCCAUCUUUAACCGAUAUGGCCCGAUCGAAUCAACAAGGGUUCUCACUCAUAAAAACUGCGGUUUUGUCAACUUCGAAUCGGUCGAACAUGCCGUCCGCGCUCGACAACUGCUCAACGGGAAAGAAAUCUUUCCUGGCGCCGGCCCCGUUAGGAUCGGGUUUGCAAAGGCCCCAAAUGCGUCUGUUUCCUUGACUCCCGUGCAGAACGCAACACCCCCACCAGGGGCAAAUGGAACUGCUGAAGCAGGAGCUUCGCAAGCCAAGGAUGCUUCUGGCAGUCCUACCAGUUCUAUGAACAUGCAGCAAACGCUGAGUUUACCAGCUCCUGACCGGCUAGCGGAGCUGCAGCCGGAGAUAUUGCAAAUCGUGCUCGAUUUUGGCGGGCAACAAUCGGAUCUGCCCACCAUCUCUACAAAUAUUGAGAGUGCUAUUCAUUAUAGUCGUCUGGAAAAAGAGAUCCCUCCUAUCCCAGAACCGAGUUCUACAAGGAUGUAUGAUGCACCAAGGCUCCGGGACAUACGUAAACGAAUUGACAACGGAGCCUGCGGACUGCAGGAGAUUGAGCAGAUCGCCAUUGACAUGUUGCCUGAAAUUGCAGAACUGUCUUCGGACUACCUUGGUAACACCGUGGUCCAGAAGCUGUUUGAGUAUUGCUCUGAGCAAACCAAGGAACAAAUGCUGGCGUGCAUCGCACCUCAUCUCGCCGAGAUCGGAGUGCACAAGAACGGCACCUGGGCCGCUCAGAAGAUCAUCGAAGUAUGCAAGACGGAAAGCCAAACUCGAAUGAUUGUCGACUCGCUUCGCCCGUACACAAUCCCUCUUUUCCUCGACCAAUAUGGCAAUUAUGUUCUUCAAUGCUGCCUUCGGUUUGGACCACCCUACAAUGACUACAUUUUCGAGACUAUGCUCAGCCAACUAUGGGAAAUUGCGCAAGGUCGAUUCGGAGCCCGAGCCAUGCGGGCUUGCUUAGAGGCUCACCAUGCUUCCAAGAACCAACAGCGCAUGAUGGCAGCGGCCAUUGCCUUGCAUAGCGUCCAACUUGCCCAGAAUGCCAACGGGGCACUGUUACUGACUUGGCUCCUCGAUACUUGCACCUUUCCCCGUCGACGCUCAGUCCUAGCCCCAAGAUUGAUCCCUCACCUCGUUCAACUCUGCACCCACAAAGUUGCAUAUCUCACCGUACUCAAGGUCAUCAACCAGCGAAAUGAGCCGGAGGCUCGUGAUAUGGUGCUGAGUGCACUCUUUUUCAGUCCGAACGACAACGUGCUCGAACAGAUUCUGUGUGACCAAACCUCUGGUGUAACUCUGAUCUUCAAGAUCCUGACCACGCCAUUCCUUGACGAUCAUAUGAGGCCGGAGGUAGUCCAAAAUGUCUCCAAGGUCCUUACCAAGAUCAAGGCUCAACCAAACCAAGGCUACAAGAGAAUCAUGGACGAGGUCGGGAUGUCAUCACGGCCUAGCCAACCUGUUAUGCAACAAUUUCCAUCCCACGGGCACCCAACCCUGAACGAUCGCACCAGGCCGUUGGCCCAACCGCAACAUGUCCCAGUAAAUGGAAUGCAACAGCAAAAUUUUCCUCAGCGGCAAUACAGCGGCAACUUUGUUCCCAAUGGCAACACCUAUGAGAAUGGUCUAAGUCCCAUCCGGACGGGUUCAGCUGACUCAUUUGGUUUCUCACCAUACACGAUGAAUGGAUACCAAUCGCAGCAGCAAUACUCUCAGCUUCCUUAUCAACAAAUGACACCCCAAUCUCAAUAUCAGAACUUCCCGGCUGCAGCCCCACAGCGGUCCAACAGCGGGUAUAUGCCGAAUGGCUAUGCUAGCUACGCAACGCCCCCUGCGACGGUCGACCCUUUCCGUCCAUUACAAAACCCGUCGUCUUCACCUCUCUCGUUCUCUGCCCAGAUGAGUCCUGUUAUUGGCUCUACUGGCUUCCCUCCGCAGAGCUUCCAGCAGAAUAUGCCUUCCAACAUGUACAAUUACCCUCAACAGCAAUUUUUCUUCUCCCCACCGAUGCAGACUGUUCAUUCUGGGGGGCGAGGCCGCCGGAGAUAG